CGCUUAAAGGUGUUCUAGUUUUUUUCGAGCGUUUUAUUGGGGAUGUUUUUUUUGUUGGGGAGAGACACGGCGUUUGCAAGUCAGUAUUUAAAAGGGAGUGGGAGGUCGAUUUGUUACUCGGCUUAAGCGGCAUCUCGUAGAUGGGUAGGCACAUGUCGGAAGAAAUGUCACACUCUAGUGACAUUACGUCAAAAGAAGCGUCAGAUGGAUUGGUUUUAGAAGACGAACGACCCACAAGCGAUCUACAGAGUUGGCAUACCCUUCCCCUCGACGCCGUCUAUACUCACUUGUCUACAUCUCCUACGGGCCUCUCCAAUCAUGAUCUACCCGCCCGACUCGCCGAGUACGGCCCAAAUACCCUGACACCUACACCCCCUAUAAGAUGGUAUCACAUCCUCCUCCGUCAACUCCGGGAUACCAUGAAUUGGAUUUUUUUUGGGUUGGGUGCUGCGGGGUUUGCCUUGGGAGAUCCCGUCACGGGUGGACUUUUAUGUGGAUUAUCUGUUUUGAAUGUUUAUUUGUCGUUUUCGCAGGAGGCUGCUGCGGAGCGGACUUUGGCGGCUCUCAAGGCUUUAUCGUCUCCCACUUGUACGGUACUUCGAGAUGGGAUGAUACCUGUCGUGGUGGGCACCGAGGAAGUGGUCCCAGGGGAUGUUUUGGUGUUGAAGGCAGGUGAUAAAGUUGCGGCGGAUGUAAGGUUGAUGGAAGUGAGUGGGUUGCUUGUGGAUGAAGCGUUAUUGACGGGUGAGGCAGUUUCAGUCAAGAAAAAGGUUGGAAUGGUGAAAGAGGACGAGGCGUUGGGAGAUCGAGUGAAUAUGGCGUAUGCUUCGACGACGGUGGUCAAGGGUCGUGGGAAGGGGGUGGUGGUGGCGACGGGAAUGAAGACAGAGGUAGGAAAGAUUGCCAAAACUCUCAACGAAUCAACCAAACAAGAAGAGUCCACACAGAUUCAGAAAUCGUUAUGGAAAAUGUAUUUGGGUCUCCUUGCGACUUCUAUCGUGUUUGGACUGACGGUUCUGGCCGUCAACAAGUUUCGCGUUCCGUAUGAUGUGGGUCUAUAUGCUCUCACGGCCGCCUUGUCUGUUCUCCCCGCUGGAUUAACAACAGUCUUGACUGUGACGUUGGUCCUGGGUGGCAAAGAAAUGACUCGACAGCGCGCAGUCGUGAGGAGGUUAAAGUGUUUGGAAACUUUGGGGGCAGUCAAUAUUAUCUUUUCGGACAAGACGGGGACAUUGACGCAGGCUCGUAUGACGGUGGUUAGGGUAUGGGUACCAGAGAUAGGAGUGUAUACCAUAUCAUCCGGGCGCAUUGGAGUCAUCAAAAAUGGAGGGACGGAAGAGGAGGAGGUGAAUCCUCAUAUGCCGCUGGAGCCAAGUUUGGAACGCUUUAUCCAGUGUUGCGCACUAUGCAAUACGACUAAUGUGACCGAGAUGCUUUCUCCAUCGGACAAGAACACCAUACCCGACAAGAAGGCCUUGGCUGACCCAACGAUAUUGAAACCGCUGCCUACAGGCUCACCCACCGAAACCGCGCUUGCAAGCCUUGCAAGCACGUUUAACUCUUCCAAACCAACACUGGAAUCCAUGGGCUGGACAAUCGUACACGAACACCAUUUUGAUUCCACCCUAAAGAGGAUGUCGGUAUUAGUGAGAGAUCCGGCGGGGUGUUUGCAUGUCUUUACCAAAGGGGCUGCUGAGAGCGUCUUGCCGCUUUGUACAGGAGACGGGCGUAUGGAUGAAAAUCGUGUUUUGGAUGAGGUGGAGGGGUGUGCUGCGCGGGGCUUGAGGGUGAUGGUCAUGGGCUGGAAGGUAUGGAAAGGAAAUGAUGAGGAGGUCAGAGAAGAGGUAGAGAGUGGGUUGCAAGUGGUGGGAUGCUGUGGGAUUUAUGAUCCUCCCCGUCCAGAAACGAAAUACGCAAUCCAACAAGCGCACCAAGCUGGGAUCUCAGUGCAUAUGCUAACAGGGGACCACCUCAGCACAGCCAUCACUAUUGCCAAGGAAAUCGCGCUCCUCCCGCCGUCCUACAAUCCGACCGCAGGCAACUCUAAUACAACACACAUGACGACCACCGGCCCACUCUUUGACGCCCUCACUGACGAAGAGAUCGACGCUCUUCCUUCUCUCCCCCUCAUUGUCGCACGCUGCACACCCGAAACUAAAGUCCGCAUGAUUCGUGCGUCUAAACGUCGGGGCUACAUCUCCGCCAUGACGGGUGACGGAAUCAACGACUCUCCGUCCCUCCAAAUCGCCCACGUAGGCAUCGCAAUGGGUCAAAGUGGCUCCGAUGUUGCCAAACAAUCCUCAGACAUGAUUCUCACCGACGACAAUUUUGACACGAUUAUAAAAGCUAUUGCGGAGGGACGAAGAAUUUAUCGCAACAUUCAACGGUUCUUGCUUUAUUACUGGAUUGGACUUGGUGCGUGUGCGCUUGUUGUCAUGGGGAAUCUAUGGAUAAAGGAUCCCCAGGGGAGUCCAGUAUCACCCAUUUCGACACUUGAAAUGGUAUAUUUGUAUAUCAUCAUGUCACCCCCUGCUGCGUCCCUAUCGACUCAACCCGCCGCAAGAACACUCAUGUCUGAACCACCACGCCCCGCAACGGAAUCUCUUUUCAAUAAGGACAUUGUCAUGGAUUUCGGGUUUUACACUUUUGUCAUGACAUGCCUGCUCUUGGGAUCCUUUUAUACUGCAUUGUUUGUCGAGGGGGGUGUACAGAGUGUGAAAUGUGAUGAGAACUUUGACGAAGGGUGUCGUGGAUUGUAUCGAGCUCGCGCAACACUUUUAUGUGUUUUUUCAUUGGUGUUGAUGGUUCAAGCCAUUCAUGUCCGAUCGAAAGGAUUGCAAUGGAUGAAUAAACGUGGAUUAAAAGCUACUUGGGAUGAUAGAGUUUGGAUGUCGAGUUUUGUUGUGGUUGUGACGACUCUUGUUGUUGUUACGAUGGUCGAGUCGAUUGCCCGUGUUAUGGGCAUGGCACCCAUAUCGUGGGAAUGGGGACUUGUGUGGGCAAGUGUACUAUUUUUUGUACUUGCUGGCGAGGUGUAUAAGAGUGUUAAGCGGGAGCCAAGAGAGGGGGAUGUGAUAGAGAUGGGGGUAUGAUGGAAUAGCGUUGAUAGAUGAAAGAGAUGUUCUCAUACACUUAGGUGCUCUCCUCUACAUAAUAACUAUGAACUGUACUAUAUUGGUCAAAUGUCCGACAUUGCAUGGGCCAGCUUUCCA